AUGAGUUCAACUUUCACUUGCAACUCCUGUGACAUACAAUUCCAGACCAGUGAUUCCCAGCGGUAUCACAUGAAGACAGAAUGGCACCGUUACAAUCUGAAGAGACGUGUAGCGAACUUGCCUCAUAUUUCAGCUAGUAUGUUUGCUGAGAAAGUACAAAUGUCUGAAAGAGAGAAGCGUGAGCAUAUGGUUGAUGAGUUUGGAUUUGAAAUAUUGAAAGCACCAGACCAUGGCCGUAAGCACAAGAAAAGAGGGUCUGCUGCCAAACCAACAUCCAAAGAAGACAAGUCUGAAGUGCCUUCCAACAAUAUUAAAAGUUCUGCCAAUGCUCUACACAGAACUAUUUCACCAACCGAGUCUGUUGCAUCUGAGAUGUCGGCAUUAACAACUGGUAGUGAAUAUAACACCACUGAUUUUGGUGAGGACACAGCAUCUGAAUAUGGAUUCACUAGUGAUUCAAACUAUGACUAUGGAUCCACCACAGAUGAAUCUAGUGAUGAAGAAGAUCACAAGCUGUCAGUGAAACAUAACCAUGAUGAUUUUAAAACUACCACUUGCAUAUAUUGUGGUGUCGAGAAUAAGGAAGUCGAAAGAAAUAUUAGACACAUGUUCAAAUCACACGGUUUAUACAUCCCUGAAAGAAGUUAUUUGAUUGACCUAGAUGGCUUAUUGAAAUUUUUGAUAAAUCAUAUCCUAGUGGAGAACAAAUGCAUGUGUUGCAAUUAUCAAGGCUCCUCAGUUGAAAGUAUUCGAGCACAUAUGGACUCCAAGCGUCAUUGUAAAUUACCAUAUGAAACUAGAGAAGAGCGUGCUGUAGUAGGUGAAUUCUACGAUUUCUCAUCUCUAUAUAGCGAUGAAGAAAAUGAGGAAAGCGAGAAUGCCGAUGACGUCGAAGAGGCAGCAGGAGACAGCAAUGGAAUUAACUCAAAUUACACAGUUGCCACAAUCGAUGAUUCCGGUGCGGAGCUUACAUUACCUACAGGUGUCAGGCUUGGGCAUAGAGAGGGGCAGAGAUACUACAGACAGAACUUACCAUUGCCACCAAACCAUGGGGAAAGUAGGAGAACAGUCACUGCAGCUGACCGCAGAAUGAUAAGUGGUGUUACUGAAAAGCAGUACAAGAAGGGAAUGAAGAAAAUGCAAUUGCUGGAGCAAAAGGCUGCCAGCGAGCAAAUUAGAAAAGAGGUCAAGAGAGUUAACUUUCAGCCUCAUUUCAGGGAUCCACUAUUGCAAUGA